UUGCACGAUAGUCUCAACAGUGCGGUAAGCUAGCCUAGAAUGGCCGUGGUAUUUGCAUCUUGCAAGGUGUACGUUCGUUGCCUAAGCUCACUGUUCUCCUGAUCCGACGCCCUACAGCCCCGCGGUCCUGCAUUGCCACGCAUAGCUGUGCGCGAUCGUCUGGACCUUUUGAUUCCUGACCUUCACACCACGCUUUCCAGCAUUUUCAAUACUCCACUCUCCAGAUUCGGUAGGACGAUCCCCUCUGACCUGAUUCGGCGGAGAUAUGGUCAAUAAUGGGGUUUCGCGAGGUUGUGAAACCUGCAAGCGACGACGCAAAAAGUGUGACGAGGCUCGGCCAGUGUGUGAACGAUGCAAACAAGCGGGACUUCACUGUUCGGGAUACAAGGAUGAUGCAGACCUCAUCUUUCGGCCAUACGAGGGCUCUUACCAAUAUCAGGCGGGUUCUGUUGCAACCUCCGAGGAGCAGUACAAUAGUUCCGACAGUACAAAGAAUCCUAGUGAGGCCUCGGACGCCAUCUCACCAGACUCACAAUACGACGAAGAGCAGAUUGACAAGCAUGCACUUCAGACCUUCUUCGUAGACUACUGCGUUUCUUCGGCCGAUCGAUCUCUAUCCAGAGGAUACCUCGAUGGGCUGCAGACUCUGCUAUUUCAUGCGGGGCCCCAGUCUGAAGUUUCACAGGCUGCUAAGAUUGUGGCACUAGCAAACUUGGGCAAAAAGUCGAACAGUCCAUCUCUUCUGGAAAGGACGCGAUUACUCUAUUCUCGGCUCCUACAUUCCUUCCAGAGAACUAUUUCAAAUCCCUCAACGUCAUCAACGAUUGAAUCAUUUAUGACUGCUGUGCUUCUUGGCUUGUACGAGAUGAUCUCCGCCACAGAAUCUGAUCAUGGUAAACAUGGAGCCCAUAUCAGAGGAGUAUCGGCAAUUUUGAGUACUGGAGAAUCUCGACUGGAUUUGGUCAACGGAGUGAAAGUAUUUCAAGUUGCGGAUCCACAAUUGAUAGGCGUUCCUACAAAGCAACCUGAAGCCCUCCAGGGUAUCCUCGGUGCCCCAGCAUUGAGUCCUUUUGUUCAAAGUCUCGAUUCCAUCUUUGUCAAAAUGCGGCCACUUAUAUCGAGAAUCGAGGCCCUCGUUACGUGCACUUUGACCCACUGCGAUGACAUCCAAUUUCUUAAAGCCGCUGCACUUGACAUAAAUGCAGAUCUCUCGAGAUGGCAGGACAGCCAACUGAGAGAAUGGAAGCCAACAUCAAUCGGCUUUUGGAGCUGCUGCGAUGAUGUAUCGGAUGAUUCUAUAUUUUGGCCUGGACCGGUUGACGGCUAUUUUGAUCCCUACGUGGCUGCUGUGUGGAAUACGUGUUACAAAGCUCGUCUGAUCGCACUCGAGUUUAUUGUUCGAUGUUCGUUGUUGCUGCACGACGGAGAUACACACAAAGAAGAGCAUGCCGAAGCUCAGAAACUGACAGGAAAAAUGCUUUCAUCCAUUCCAUAUCUCUUAUUGAGGGAUCCAAAAAGUGUUAUAUCGGGCCCUCGAGAAUUCCAAGAGCCUGGGCGACCGUUUGGCGGCUUAUUACUUAUGCACCCACUGUAUGUGGCCACAAAGGUGUCGGUGGUGCCAGCGCCCGUACAGGCACACAUGUCGAAAUGCCUUGCAUGGAUCGGGAGACAUAUGAAUAUCGGCCAAGCCACCUUGCUUUCAAUGGCAUCCAAUCCUGUUCCGGCCCAGUUCGUGGUCGAUGGCCACACUCUUCUCUGGGCGGGUAUGCUCACCCAACCGGCUUGAAAAAGAAAACUCCUGCGCUCAGGUAUAUAUUAUAUCCGCUCCUCCCAGAGUGAGCCUUUUCCUACGCCUACCUUUCCGACUAUCCCCCGGAAUAUUCUACCACCUUGACAGAUCACUCACUGAGUUGUCCAGCACAAUGGAGAAUGGCUAUGAAAGUCCUAUGCGGAGAAACAGGACUUGAGUUAGGGCAUGAUGGAUCCGGGCUAAGUGGCUGGGCAGGACAAGAAGAAAGCAGAUUGCUGGAGGUGUGACCCGCGCAGGGAGCAUGUUGCGAUCGUUGUGCCUCGUGAACCACUCUCAGCUCGACUCAGGAGCUCCCCUCUGCGGAAAUUCCACUGAGUCCUGCGUGUAGAAAAGGAUGGGCUCGCAUUUGAAGCAUCUAUCCCUCUUCAAUGGCCAAAGUAUCGAUGGUCUGCAUGGCCUCAUUGCUGACAAGGGGAUUCAGUUAGGGCUGCCAAGGCUAAUAGAGCAGGUUGCCAAUAGAGGUUGUUCGGAAUGGCAGAGAGCCAAAAAGAUUAGGGGCGAGUGCCCAUAAUAAACUCUUCAAUUAGGCGAUGACCACUUAAUA